AUGUCAACUUCAAAUACAGUUCGUCAUAGAAAGAGGGCGGAGAAUUAUGACAGUAAUCAAAAAAAUAUCAUUAAGCAGAAUGGUGAUGUUGAUUCAGAGUUUACGACCAGGGAGUCGCCACUGACGGUUCUUAUAGACACUUCUCCACAUAUAAGAGCCCUGUACCAUAUUUUCGUAGUCAUUUUGCUGAUGCUGCUGUUCGACACCAUGAUUUAUGACCUUGUGGAAAGAGGAAAAAUAAAUAUUGGAUUAAAUGUGAUUAUCUCCGGUUUUGGCGACAUAAAAAGAGGAGCUUUACUCUGGCUGUUUGAAUUCUCUGUUGUCCUUGCAUUUUACCCGGCUUUAAGAAUAUACGCGGCGGCGAGGAAACUAUUUCGCAAAAAUACAGGUGUUCGUGACAGUCUAUCUAAACUGGGGGUUAUUGGUUUGAUCGCCGUGGAAAUGGUAUUAAUCGGGGUACCCAUUGUGGACUUGGGAAGGAGACAUCUAGCGUUGGCAUCUUCGGCAGUUGUAACAUGUGAAAUGUUCAGAUUCUUAAUGAAAAUCCAUGCAGUAGCGAUAGCGUGCGCUCCCUAUGGUGAAAACGAGAGUCCAGCGCUACCGACCUUCAAGCAUUAUAUUUACUUCUUAUUUGCACCCACGCUCGUUUAUAGAGAUCAUUAUCCAAGAACAAAGACAAUAAGGUGGGCCUUCGUACUCUUUCACUUCCUCGAAGUUGCCGCAAUAAUUUUAUACAACAGCUUCCUCUGGGAACGAUUCAUAUUACCUUACUGGUCUGAUUAUGGAAGACAAAGCAAGGUGGAAGCCGGUUUGGUAGUUCGUGGAAUGUUCGCUUGUGUACUUCCAGGAUUUAUAUCAUUUCUCUGCGGUUUCUACUGUGUUCUUCAUGCGUGGCUAAAUGCCUUCGCUGAGAUGCUCAAAUUUGGAGACAGAUUAUUUUACGAGGAAUGGUGGACUACCUCUCGUUUCUCACACUACUACAGAGCAUGGAAUCGCGUUGUACAUUCUUGGCUGAGAGACCACAUUUACAAGCCACUGGCGCCGCGUGCCGGUCGAGCCAUUUCCACCUUCAUCGUAUUUUUUGUUUCAGCAGUGGCCCACGAAAUAAUAUUGGCCUUAUCCUUUGGAUUCUUCUACCCUGUUUUGUUAAUGGAAUUUGGUGUAUUCGGACUGUUGAUGUUACCACUCACCGCAAGCAGUGGAAGGCGUUUUCCUAAUGCAUUCAAUUUAAUAAUGUGGCUCUCAUUUUUCUUUGGAAACGGUAAGUAUUAUUUAUUGAAUAGAGUGUUUAGUUUUAAUCGUUCUUAUUAA